UAACAGUUGUCACCUUUGUGCCAAUAUCAUUUCUCAGGGAUAAAUUUCCCAUUUUCAUAUAGGCUUUUUGGUUUGUGGGUUGAAUUUCGGUGGAGUCGUGCGCACGGCGAGGGGACGCUGGACGGUAACCGUUGCAUUUCCGUCAUAGGCAAGGCCAGGGAUCUGAUGUAAGUAGUGGAGCUUCACCUGCCUUGCAUCGUCAAGCUGGGGAACUUUCAAUUUUGUGAGUGAUAACUAUACUCAAGUCUUUGUAUUACGAUUCAAGUCUUUUGAAGUUAGACCAUAACACAUGCUUUUCAAGAAUGCUGCAAAACAUAAUAUACACAUAUAAAUCUGAAGCAUGAGUCAUAGUCAAAGAAGUACAACAAGUGUUAUGAUGACAAUAUAAAAUCAGUUCACUUAUGACUCUGUCUAACAAGAAGGCCAAUUACGGUGAUCACCUUGAUCGAAUCAGUGACUUACCAAGUAAUGUCAUUGAUGGCAUUCUACAACACCUGAACAUCCGAGACCUAGCUAGGACCAGUAUUCUAUCUAGAAAGUGGAGGGAUAUAUGGAUUUCAUUCCCAUGGCUUGAGUUUGACAAAGACUUUUUCGAUUUGUACGACUUGAAGGAUUUUAAGGACCAUAGCCCUGAGGUUUGUAUAAUUAUCACGGAAGUUCUUUUGCUCCACAAUGGGCCGAUAAAUAAGUUUACACUUUUCAUUCCUUCUGGCUUCAACAUCCCAUUUGGUUGCAUUGUUAAGUGGAUUCUGUUUUUGUCGAGGAAAGGUGUUAAAUUUAUUCAACUUGCGAGCAAUGAAUCGGUUCCCUAUCGAGUGCCAUCUCAUUUCUUCUCUUUUCAGAAAUUGACUCACGUUCGGAUAUGCAAAUUUAAAUUGUUAGUUCCGCCUAAUUUCUGUGGGUUUAAAAGUUUGGUGCACUUUCACUUCGAACGUAUGACAUUUGAGUUUGGUGCACUUGAGAGUCUUAUUUCUGGUUGCCCAUUACUUGAGGAGCUCUACAUUGUAAAUUGUUCUGGUAUUGAAUGUAUUGAUUUAUCUGCUCCUACUCUCAAGGUCUUCAGCAUAGAACAUAUUCAGGCCAUCAAAUCAAUUUGUUUGGAGAAAGCAAAGAAUCUAAUCGAUCUUACACUUGUACUUAAUCAGGAUGGGGUAUCUAGUUUGAAUAAAAAUUUGCCAGAAAUUCAGAGGCUUACUAUGGGAUUUGUUUCCAAGAUGUUGUAUGCAGAUAUCAUUCAUCCAUCACAGCUGAUAGGCUUGAAGUAUCUGAAAUUAGAUCGCGUGAAUUUGGAUGAAAGAGAAGAACUUUUGUAUAUUGUUAGUGUACUCAAAAGUGCUUCUAACCUGGUGGAACUUGUUAUAGAGAAUUAUCACGAAAAAGGUGGUUAUAAGACACAAGCGGCGGGUCGUGUGGAAGAGUUAGAGUGCAGUAGCUGUUGCCUUCGUCAACUUUUGAUUGUGAAUAUCAAAGUUCGAUCCUACUUUAAACAUGUUAUGAGUUUGAUUCGUUUCAUACUUGCAAAUUCCUCAUCGUUGAAGACUCUUACUCUGAACGUUCAUCGUAGUCAUAACAAAUCAGAUGUGCCUAUAUUGUUCAACAUAUGGAUGAAACGUGCUUCACAUAGAGCACACAUUGAAUUCCUUCACCAAAGGAUGUAGAUUUCUAAUUUCGGGCUUAUGAGUGCUAGUCCAAGAAUUAGAUUUAGAAACUCUGAAAAAAAAUGUUAUUUUGAAUUUUAAUUUCUUUCAUGUUUGAAAUUUGUUAUGUUUCUUAAGAUGAUGACUUGAGAGUAAUAAGAAGCCUGUGUUGUUAAAGGUGCUUUGAAAAGCUGAAAUAAUUCUGCUUUGGGUGAUAUUCAUAUUCUGGUCGAAGAGGCUUUGAAAAUGGUUUGAUAUUGUGCAAAAUUAAAUUUUGAUUUUGGGUGUUAGUAACGGUUUGGUUGACUAAGAAGUUAAAGCUCAAUUAAAUCUUCA